AUGUUAAAUAACUUAUUUAGUUCAUUUGAUAGAAAAAAUUUUUUUUUUUUUUUCAUUUAUUUAUUAAAUUUUUAUUUUUUAAUCUUUUUUUCUUUUUAUAAAAAAGUAAAUAUAAUAUUAUUUUAUUUAAAAAAAGUUUAUAAAUUAAUUUUUUUAAAUGUGAUUAAAAACUUUUUUUUUUAUACACUAUUCAUAUUCAUCUUUUUAAUUAAUUUAUUAAGAUUAAAUAUAUUUAUAUUUAAUUUAACAAGACAAAUUAGAUUAAACAUAAAUUUAAUUUUAAUUUUAUGGUUUCCUAUUCUUAUAAUAUCUAUAACAAAAAAAAAAAAUAAUUUUUUAAGUCAUUUAUUACCUGUAGGUACAUCUACUAUAUUAAUUCCUAUAAUAAUUUUAACUGAAUUAUUAAGAUUUAUAAUUCGACCUUUAACUCUGGUACUACGUUUAACUAUUAAUAUAAUUGCAGGACAUGUAUUAGUUCAUUUAAUUAAUUCAACUAUUUUAAAUAAUAAUUUAUAUUUUUAUUUAGUUCUAUACAUAUAUAUAUUAAUAAAAUUUUUAGUUAGAUUUAUUCAAUCUUAUAUUAUUACAACUUUAUUAAAUUUAUAUAUUGAAGAAAUUUAA